AAUUCCAAAAUACGCAGCUCUUGUCCCCCUUUAUAACGUUCUAACUUGCAGUCGGCCAGGAGAAGGAAGUGGUUUGCUGACAGGCGUUUCCACAAACGUCACGAUGGGAAAAAGAAGAGACAACACGAUGCCGAAAACAGGAGAAAAGAAACGGCUUCGUUCUUCUGGUUCCGAUCGCAAUGCUGCAGAACCAGAGGGAACCAAACUAUGGGGUGGCCGGUUUGUGGGUGACACUGACCCCAUCAUGGAGAAGUUUAAUGCCUCAAUCUCCUAUGACAAGAGGAUGUGGGCUGCUGACAUCAGGGGGAGUAAGGCUUACGUGAAGGCUCUGGAAAAAGCCAAGCUUGUCACGACUGAUGAGAUGAACAAAAUAUUGUGUGGGCUAGAUGAGAUACAUGAAGAAUGGUCCAAAGAUGAGUUUCUCAUUAAAGAUGGAGAUGAAGACAUUCAUACUGCCAAUGAGCGUAGGCUGAAGGAACUGAUUGGUGCGCCUGCAGGAAAGCUGCACACUGGCAGGAGCAGAAAUGACCAGGUUGUGACUGAUAUGAGACUGUGGCUGCGUGAAGCCCUUUCAACCCUGAUGGAAGAUGCCCACCAGCUGAUAUCCACUAUGGUGGACCGAGCAGCUUCAGAAAUUGACGUGCUGUUUCCUGGUUACACCCAUAUGCAGAGAGCUCAGCCAAUCAGAUGGAGUCACUGGAUUCUAAGCCAUGCAGUUGCUCUGAGCAGAGACAUGGAUCGACUCCAAGAGAUGAAGAAGAGAGUUAAUAUUUUGCCUCUUGGCAGUGGUGCUAUUGCUGGAACACCAUUUGACAUUGACAGGGAGUUUCUGCAGAAAGAGUUGGCAUUUGAUUGCAUCAGCCUGAACAGUAUGGAUGCUACAGGCCAAAGGGACUUUGUUGUUGAGUUCCUGUUCUGGGGAUCUUUGUGUUUGACUCACCUCAGUAAAAUGGCUGAAGAUUUGAUGUUGUACAGCACCAAAGAGUUUUCCUUUAUUGUGCUGUCUGACGCUUACAGCACAGGCAGCAGUUUGAUGCCACAGAAAAAGAAUGCAGACAGUCUGGAGCUGAUCAGGAGCAAAGCAGGUCGUGUCUUUGGCAAUUGUGCAGGGUUCCUGAUGACGCUGAAGGGAUUACCCAGCACCUACAACAAAGACCUCCAGGAAGAUAAGGAGGCCAUGUUUGAUUCUUAUGAUACUGUACACGCUGUGCUUCAAGUGGCCACUGGAGUCAUUUCUACUCUCAAGAUCAAUCAAAUUGCGAUGGAGGCAGCCCUCAGUCCUGACAUGUUGGCUACUGAUCUGGCUUACUACCUUGUGAGGAAGGGGGUUCCAUUCAGGGAGGCCCAUGGUCUGUCUGGGAAAGCAGUUGCUAAAGCUGAAUCCAAGGAUAUUCCCCUCAGUCAGCUCACCAUGGAAGAUCUACACAGCAUUAGCGCGCAUUUUGGAAGUGACGUGUCUUCUGUGUGGGACUACCGCAGCAGCGUGGAACAGUAUCGAGCUCUGGGAGGCACUGCAAAGAGCAGCGUCACUGCUCAAGUGGAUGCCCUGAGGAAGUGGCUCAAGAAGCAGGAAAACUGACCAUGCAUCUCAUCUUAUAAUUCUAAAUUCUUCAGGUUUGGUGUUUCUUAUGCGACUGUCAGGCUGGGGUCAAAUAGAGAUUACUUAUGACAAAGAGCACAUGUUGCCUUUAAAUGCUGCCUUCUGUAACGUAAGUGUGUUAGUUUUAAUGUGACUGCAGGGAUGCUUGGAUUUAUAGAACAUGUAUUUUUGUGGAAAAAAAGCUCUUAGUAAUGAAUGAUGUAAAGAUAAGAGGAAUGUGAGCAUUAAAAAAAACUCUACCCAGACUUUUGGAAGUUUUGGUGUUGGCAGAGUAAUUUUCGGCACACAUGAAGCUGAACCUGUUUGUUUUCCUUUGGACUGAAGAGACCAGCGAGUCUUUAAAUACAACAUAUUGGUUGGUGUCACCUAGUAUCAUUUAGAUGUAUUCUCUGACUCCAUGUGGCAUCUUGAGUCAAUGCAGAAACCCAGUAAACUGCUCAGAAACCCUGUG